CUUUUACAUCAUCACCACUACUUGAAAACACUUCUUCAUCAACUAGCCCUUCUUCUUAUUCCUUUGCAAUUCUCACACUAAAAAUUCUAAAUUAGCUCUCUCACAAACUUUGACAACAAUGAAGAACGUAGUGUUGAAGGUUGAUAUUCAUAAUGAUAAAAUCAAGCAAAAAGUGAUGAAGAAAGCAUCUAGCCUUUCAGGGGUUGAAUCAAUAUCAAUAGACAUGAAAGAGAAGAAAUUGACAUUAUUAGGAGACAUUGAUCCAGUAAAUGCAGUUUCCAAGCUAAGAAAAUUUUGUCAUACUGAAAUAGUUUCAGUUGGACCUUCAAAACCAAAAGAAGAGAAAAAGUCAGAGGAUAAGCCCUUUGAAACUUAUCCAUUCUAUUAUCAUGUGCAACCACCACAAUAUAUUCAAGAUUUCUACUAUAUUUGAUAUGCAAUAAGAAUUCAAGAUUUCUAAAGCCUUUUAGUAUGUAAAAAACAACUUUUUUUGCUCCACUGUUGUACAAGGUUAAAUAAUUGAAUAAGUUUGGUGCAAAUUUUAAGAGAAGGGAUGAUCUUAUUUUUAAAUAUUUCUCAGUUUUAAUGUAUCGAUGAUCAAGGCACAUUGAAGUGGCCCAAAUCGAGUAAACAGUCACUUUCAUCCUCGAAAGUGUCAUCCGCUGUCAAACAAGUCCCUGAAUCAAUGAAAGUUAAAAAAAACUCCCUGAAUGUUAAUUCCGUUAGUCAUUUUAGUCCAAAA